CAGACGUGCACAGAAAGAGAGAGAGAGAGAGAUAGAGAGAGAGAGAGGUGGAAAAGAGUGUAGUUUUGGGAAGCAUAGAAGAGAAAGCGUCUGGCGCGCUUCUUGAACUGUACCGCUGGGCCCCGCAGAAGCUGUAUGCUUUCAAAAAGCCCUGCAGUCCGUGGUAUUUUAGCAGGGGGUGUUCAUUGUCUUAAACGAUGAGACUGUCAACUCUUUCUCUUUCUCUCUUUUCUCUCCUCCGUGGAAACAUGAUGAACGGCAUCCGAAUAGGCAUUCAGGACAACAUCAAGAGGGAAGCCAACAAAUGCCAGCCCUCCCCCGGAACAAGAAGACAGGCAUCCAUCACUCUCGAUCUGGACAACAAACUAGAUAACCCACAAAUGUCACAAACCCACCAAACCUUCUUCGGCCACCCGACCCGCCCCAUGUCCAUAAUCUCGCCGUCAACCCCGCCCGAGCCAACAAGAAUCGCCAUGUCCGGCAGGUCGAAGCAGCACCAACAACACCAACAAGCACUCAGGUCCCAACGGACGGGGACGUGGAGACCCUCACAAUGGUUGGCACCUGAACUUUGGACGUUUGGUCUCUCUCUCUCCCUCUCUCUCUCUAACUGCAUGAGGAACCCCCUAUGAUGUUCGCCGCCUCAUCCCCACUGCCCCAGAUCCCGGCUGCGACCCGUCGAAUCAGACCCUGGAGAGUCAACGACACAACGGUCCCCCUCCCUCUUGAAUCUGGACCGUAUCUUCAGCGGAGACUGGGAGUUUGGAGACUUCUUCGCCUGGCCUAUGACAGGUACCCAGUGCCCACCUUGGGUCUCUCUACAAGGGUUCUUGCGCCAUGUUUGCUCAUUCAUGCUGUGCCUCUAGGCCGCAUCUCUAGAUUUGGCUGUUGGAGCACGUCUGCGGGGUGCUGGGCGGGUUGCGGUUGUUUGUGAAGGCACUAUUGCCUCUUUGUGAAUGACGCCCAUCUUGGCAAAAGGGGUUUCCGCAACAAUGCCAUAAGGCGGGUGAAGGCCCUCCUCCUCGCUGUUGGGCUCGUCCCGCAAGCUUCGUUUCUUCAGCACUCCCUCUCCUCCUGGCUCGCACAUAGACAGAAUAAUGGCCACCGCGGACGCGCUGAUAGCGAGCCUCAAAGACGUUGACGGCAAUGCCUUCGCGGACAAGGCCGAGCGGGUACGUGCGCGGGACGCCCUCUACGAGGCGUUACGCAAGGUCCAGACGCCGUGGGACAUUGCCUGGGACCACAUCGUCGUCAAGGGCGGCGGCAACGCCGCCAUCAAGACGCUCAUCGACGCCGGCGUCUUCAAGAAGUGGCACGAGGCCGGUGGCGGGCCCAUCACCUGCGACGAGCUUGCUAAGCUCACCGGCGCCGAUGCCCUCCUCAUCCGGCGCAUGAUGCGUGCCCUAGCAGGCCAGCGCCUCGUCAUCGAGACCGACCUCGACACCUACGCCCGCACACCAUGGGCGCGGGCCCUCGGCGAGGACGCGCCGCUGCCGGCCAUGUACGGCGGCUUUUACGGCGAGCUGACGAACCCCAUGUUCCGCAGCCUGCCGUACUUCCUUAGGGAGACGGGGUACAGAAACCCGACGGACCGGAAUAAUUGCAACUUCCAGCGCUGGCAGGGCGACCCGGACGCCGUCUUCUUCAAGUACGUUGGCACGAACCCGCUGCUGACGUCCGACUUCAACGACGUCAUGGAGUGCCACUCGCGCGAUAAUCUCACGCCGUGGCCCGACGUUUACCCCACGGAACGGCUUCUCGAGGGCUUGCACCCGGAUCGUGCUGUCGUCGUGGACAUAGGCGGCGGCAAGGGGCACGAUUUGAAAAAGUUUCAUCUCCGGCACCCGCAGGUCCCCUCGCGGAACCUGAUCCUCCAGGACCUCCCCGACUUCCUCAAGAACGUCGAGCCGGACCCGGCUUUCACGAUAAAGCCCUACGACUUUUUCACGCCGCAACCGGUACGCGGGGCGCGGGUGUACUUUUUGCACAACGUGCUGCACGACUGGCCUGACCCAACAGCCGUGGAAAUCCUCAAGACCAUAGCUGAGGCUAUGGAGAGGGGCUAUUCGAAGGUACUGAUCCACGAGAGCCUGAUCAGCGAGAAGGAGCCGCUGUGCAAGGUGACGGCGACGGACAUGAUCAUGAUGGCUGGGCUGGCGUCGGCGGAGCGGACCGAGGGGCAGUGGUGUGAACUAGUCGCAAGCGCGGGCUUGCGGGUGAUGAAGAUCUGGAGGCCGGUGCAGGCGGUCGAAAGUGUCAUCGAGGUGGAGCUCGCGUGAGCGUCAAGGAGACGAUGGACUCGGUGGUGGUGUCUAAAGUCGUUGAAUCGGCUCCCUGUAGCGACUGGGAAGCGUGUUGGAUGGAUGUAUGAGACUCAUUCGACCAAAACCAAGCAACAGCCCAGGCCAGUCUAAAGGUACAUAGGGGUUGGGAUCUAGAACCGAAACUGGUCAUCGUGCCCCCCCGCCCCAAAAAGACAGCACUGUAUCUGCGAGACCCAGACAUGAGCAACUUAAAUAUCAUUGGUAAAUGUGUAUGCUGGUGGGCAAGCUCGACGACAUGCCCGUCUUGGUAUCCCCUUUUUUGAAUGCGCCCUGGCUGGCUUUCCUUUCGCUCGAGCCCCUUGUCUAUCCUCUCCGCUCCCUCGUUCAUGGCGCCUCUCUUGUGUCAUUCAUAUGUACGCGUGUGUGUGGGUGUGUUUUUUUCUCUUGUUUUACUUUCUCUGCUCGGCAGCGUUGCGGUCGUGCUCGUCAAUGUCGAUGGCCUCCCAAGGGUAGUUGAUCCAGACGUCACCAACGGUGCGGGCGGCGAGGUAGUGGCCGGAGCUAAUCAUCUCGGAGGGCAGAGUGCCCUUCUUCUGCUUGUCCUUGUUCUGGAGGACAAAGAUGCCAAACUCGGUCUUCUGGCCCUUGCCGAGGCGCUGGCUGGCGGCCUCGACGUCCUUCUCGAGCUCCUUGACGGCGUACUCGAGGGUGGUACGGGUAUCGUCGACCUCGUCGACAAUGAGAAUGCGCUUUCCGACGAGGUUCUCCAUGUCGCCAAUGGCGUUGAAGUCAAGCCAUUGGGUGCGGGUGACCUUUGUGCCGGGGACCUCGGGGACGCCGGGAGUGGCGUUGCCGCCAAAGGUCUCGGGGAGGCUCUCGUAGAGAGAGAGGCCGAUGGCCUGGAUGGGAAUGUUGGGGUUGCCGGGCUUCUUCAGGAACGAGCGCAGGAUGCGGGCGGGGACAUAGCCGCCACCGCCGAUGGCGAUAAUGAGCUGGGGCUGGAAGGUCUCGAGGAUCUUGACGGCUGACUCCUGGCAGAGCUUGUGGACCUAGUGUGGUUCAAGGGUGUCAGUCGGACAUAAUUCACGACGUAACGAACACGAACUGGGGCGCGUGAGACAAAAGGCAGGAGAGAAAGAGAGAGAGAGCACAAACAUCGUUGUACGUGACGUAGAGCUUCUCGACCAUUUUGGCGGUGUUUGGAGGGGUUUCUUGUGACUCGAACUCGGUCGCCGGCGGGAUGUACUGCGGGGUAAGAGGGAAAAUGCGGCGGUUUGCUGCAGAUUUGGAGAUGUUCUGUAACGCAGAUCGAGUGAGAAGAAAGGCAAAUAAGAAAAGGAAGCGGACAGUGUAGGAUAGAUAGGGUAGGUAGGUAUAUUGGGGGGUAGGAGGCAAUGUGUAGAGGAGCGAUUUCGAGUCGAAAGAAGCUUAAGUACCUAUGGGAAGACGGGGGGGGAGCCUGAAGGUGCGUCAGAAGUGCGUGCCGCUAUUCACAGGGGACGAAGAGAAAAAAAAAGGAAAAAAAGAUGCGCCAGGCUGCCACAGCGACAGCGACCCUACCCCUCCAUACUAGAUCGG